AUGACUGUGGAGGAGUCAGUCCAGCUCCAGGAGGUGGAGGAGACACAGAUGGAGCAGACGGACCAGAGCCCCACUGCAGCAAGCUGCCGCCCGUCUCACAACUCAGGGGGAAGAAACCUAACCGGUUUCCAAAACCUGGAGACAACUGGGCGACUUCGUCACCGCUGCCCUUCGGCCUCAACACCCUGCUCUACGCGAGUGGACACGAAGAUCCCGCACGUGGACGAGAGCUGGGCCCAGCGCGGGCCUUCGAGGGCUCGCUCUUCCCGAAGACCGCGCGGAGGCCGGGAGGCGGGUGGCCCGGGCCGGGGGGCCGAGGCCGGUGGAGCCGCCGGGAUUCGCCGGGCUCCCAGGCGCCCCAACCGAAGCUCAAGAGGGCCCCCGUGUGGAGAGUCCCGGGAACAGCCCGGCCAGUGUGUGCUUCCCCCAGCGCUGGGGUGCCGCCCUGCACCUCCAGGAUCCCCGACCCACACACCCACGGGCACCUCCAGCUUGCGGCCAUCGCUCCGCCAAACCCGACUGUUUCUGGUGGACGAGACGGUGGUGGGCCCGUCCUGCGAAGACCUCGUGGACGACCAUUUCAGUGUGGCCUUAUGUGGAAACCGGGUCUUUGCAGAGGCGAUCAAGGUAGAACGAGGUCGUGCUGAACCCUUGGGUCUGAUCAUUUGGCUGAUUGAAACCGAGGGGCCGGUGGACCAGGAGAACAUUGCUGUGGGUCCUGGCUUUGUCACACGAUCCAGAUCUGUCUGGUUUGCAGCUGGCACCAGAGAAGUGACCGGGGAAGUGAGAAGUGGCCACCUCCGCUGGGAGCCCCCUUGCCAGCCACCCGCGCCUGAAGGCAUGCCCAUCACUGCAGUUCUGCCCCCCCACCUUGAUGGCCCCUGGAUCUCCACUGGCUGUGAGGUGCGACCAGGCCCAGAGUUCCUCACCCGCUCCUACACCUUCUAUCCCAACCGCCACUUCCGGGCCUACCAGUUCUACUAUGGAGAUGCCUCCUGCCAGCAGCCAACCCACUCUCUGCUCAUCAAGGGCAAAGUCCGCCUGCGCAGGGCCUCCUGGGUCACUCGGGGUGCCACCGAGGCCGACUACCACCUGCACAAGGUGGGCAUCGCCUUCCACAGCCACCGUGCCCUGCUCGAUGUCAUCAGGCACCUCAAUCAGACCCAUGCCAUCCAGGAUUGCAUGGGAAGGCUGCCCCCAGCCCAGGCCUGGCUGCCAGGAGCACUGUAUGAGCUGCUGAGCACCCGGACCCAGGGGGACUGCAUGGUAGCACUGGGCUUCAGCAUGCAUGAGCUCAGCCUGGUCCGUGUGCAACGCAGCCUGCAACCACAGCCCCGGGCUGCACCCCAGCUUGUGGAGGAACUGUACCUGGGGGACGUCCACACCACCUGGGCGGAGAGGCAUUACUACAGGCCCACCGGCUACCAGCGCCCACUGCAGAGUGCCCUGCACCACGCGCGGCCCUGCCCGGCCUGCCAGCUCAUCGCGCGCGCUGACGAGCGCCACCCGCCAGUGCUGCCUGCCCCCGUGGCCCUGCCACUGCGCCUGGGCGGCCGCUGGGCCAGUACAGGCUGCGAGGCGCGCCCGGCCGUGCUCUUCCUCACGCGGCUCUUCACCUUCCACGGCGCCGGCCGCUCCUGGGAAGGGUACUACCGCCACUUCUCGGACCCCGCCUGCCGCCGGCCCACCUUCACCGUCUUCGCCGCCGGCCGCUACUCCAGGGGCACGCCGUCUGCCAGGGUCCACGGCGCCACCGAGCUGGUGUUCGAGGUCACGCGAGCCCAUGUGACUCCGAUGGACCAGGUCACCGCGGCCAUGCUCAACCUCUCGGAGCCGAGCAGCUGCGGGGGCCCCGGGGCCUGGUCUGUGGGCGCCGAGCGGGACGUCACGGUCACCAACGGCUGCCUGCCGCUGGGCAUCAGGCUCCCCCACGUGGAGUACGAGCUUUUCAAGAUGGAGCAAGACCCCCGCGGGCAGAGCCUGCUCUUCAUCGGACAGAGGCCCACCGACGGGUCAAGUCCAGACACCCCAGAGAAGCGCCCCACUUCCUACCAGGCACCCCUGGUGCUCUGCAGGGGGCAGGCUGGAGCCGCCCCCAGGUCCCUGCAGCCCCGUGGAGGGGGGCCGUGUCCUCCUGACACCCCUCUCGCCCUGCUGCUCCUACUCCCAGAGCUGGCCUUCCUCCAGUGGCCAUGACAUCCUCUUUAACUUCCAGACCUUCUCUGGACUGGGCCACCUCCGGAAGGACCAGUACUUCUCUGUUGUGGUGGCCACGUGGCCCCAGGGCUUCAGCAGACAGCCUGUGUCCCAGAGGCCCAAAACAUGAGCUCAAGCCGCACCUGCAAAGUUGGGGCCAAUGACCACACUCUGGGAUAUGGUGGUCAAGUUCGUGGCUACACGACUUUUCAAACAAACCCAUGCUCCUGUUUGGAUGGUCUCCCAGCAGGCUGGAGCCAGAGGACCACCCUAAGGCUCACUGUCCAAGAGCUCCCUGCCCCUCCCUUCCUGGCCCUUGAGAUUUUGAGAUGGGAGCGAGAGCCUGAGAUGGUGCCUAGGGACAGUGCCGCUCACUGCUUUGCUAAGCCUUCAGGCUGUUGUUGAAAGUUUAUUAAUUCAAAUUUAGCAAUACAAACUCAAAGCGGGGCCAUGAAUUAAAGAUGCCACUUCGGGCUUCCAGAGCUUCUCAGCUUCCUGGCAAAGGGCCUGUCUCUUAGGGGGCCACUUGUCUUUCUUGAGUUCUGACUGCUGGCAUUUGUCUGCAUCUGCCUGUGCUUCUUCGAGUCAGACCUCAAGCUGUCAACACUUCGUGUGGAUAAAUCCAGUUCUCCAGAGCCAUGUGCAAGCAAAGAGGGCACCAUUUGAGCUGAGAAAUGUGGCCUCCCCUGGUAUGCUUUAGCCUCUGAGCCUCCCUCGCCCAUGCAGAACACCAGUGAACACUGGGCUGGAUGCCGGGGGCACGUCUGUGGAGGAGAGCAGUGUUCCAGUCUUUGGAGAGUAAUUAAUACUAAUGCUAGCAGCAGCGCUAACAUGCUCUGUAAUUAGCCCUGCACCGCUGUCCUUGGCCUUCCAGAUUCCCUGUGCCAGUCUGACGGGGGGAACCUCCCGAGUACACAGCUCUGGGACCACCCCAGGGGGAGCUCAGCAUCACCAGGCUACAUGGCAACACAUGGAGGCCAGGACCCAGGAAAGUCGGCCCCUCCCAGCCCCCUCGCUGUGGUGCUAAUAUACUGGUGUCCUUCUCAGCUCAGAGAGGGCUAUCAUCACGGUGGGGACAGGCUGUGCCUCUUCAGGAACCCUGCCUAUGUUCCCAGGGCCUCAUCUGUACACUGUGAAAUUAACUGGUAUCCUGAUGGGCUCAAGGGUUUGGGGGACUGUGUGCGGUUGAUUCACCCUCUCCUUCCUCUUCCCUGUUCCUGUCUCUGGCUCUUAUUGCAGAUUUUGAACAACAGUCACUCUGAGGCUAACGAUGCUUUUAGAGGGAAGCCCUUGUCCUCCCUGAGAUUGUGUGGGUCUCAAUCAGCCUGCUCAAAUUGCUCUAACUUAUUAUCCAUUCUUCUUUUCAAAAAAAAAAAAAGAGAGAGAAAAGAAAAAAGAAAAACCACCAAG